AUGAAGAAAACAAGCGUGACGCCGAGCCUCGAGAGGCAGACUUGGGAGACAGGGUUGGGGGAGGUUCGGUUGCUGCAGGAACAGAAAAUCGCUAGGAUAGGCAACGGAGACAGCGGAGGCAGAGAGGGGGGGAAGGAAGUAGAGAUGAAAGACGCAGUUGAGGGGGCUACUGAGCAAACGGGGGAACAAGCGAAAGAAAGAGCAUGGGAAACGGCUCGUGGGGAAGCUGGGGCAGGUGGGAGUGGGCCGAACCGGCAAGGGGAGGAGGGUCAGGUGGAGGCCCAGGGUGCUCUGGAUCUGGAGAAGAAGCUUCAGGAGUUUCUGCAGGGGCUGGAGAGUGCGGGGUACUAUGCAGGGACGGUGGUGGGGAGUGAGGAGUAUGUGACGAGGCAGCAGCAGGCACGAGGUAUCUUCCACCAGUGCGUGGCUCAGCAGGGAGGGGGGAGAGAGGGGGGGGACAAGGAGCAAGGGGACGGGGGCAGUGAACAAGGGAAGGAGGGAGGGGAGAAGGAGGGAGGGGAGAAGGAGGGAGGGGAGAAGGAGGGAGGGGAGAAGGAGGGGAACGAGAAGGAGGAGGAGGGCGGCAGCAAGAGCAGCGAGGGCAGGAAGGAGCAAAGGGGCGACAAGGGGAAGGAGAAGGAGACGGAAAUGGGAGAUGCUUCAGCUGCAACUGCAAGUGGUGCUGCUGGUGGUGCUGCUAGUGGUGCUGGUGGUGCUGCUGCUAGUGGUGCUGGUGGUGGUGCUGCUAGUGGUGUUACUGCCAGCAAUGCGGCCAUGGCAGCCCAUAACUAUGACGAGGCAUUAUCUCUCUACUCCAAGGCAAUCGCUCUCUGUGGCAAUGCGGCCAUGGCAGCCCAUAACUACGAAGAGGCAUUGUCUCUCUACUCCAAAGCAAUCGCCCUCUGUGGUGGCACCAACGCCAUUUACUAUGCCAACAGGGCAGCAGCGCAGCACCAGCUGGGAAACUACAUGGAAGCUGCGGCGGACAGCAGGAGGGCGGUAGCAGUAGACCCGAGGUACAGCAAGGCGUACAGCCGGCUGGGGCAUGCGUGCAUGGCGCUGGGUCGGCACCACGAGGCGAUUGAAGAGGGCUUUAAGAAAGCACUGGAGCUAGAUCCUUCCAAUGCAGCUCACAAGGAGAACCUCAAGGACAAGAUUGAUCAACUUUGCUUCCCUCUGUUUGCUCAACCCAAUCUUGAUGCUUGA